GAGACGGCGGCCUGAUAGCCGAGCCACUGCCAAGAGCCACCCGGGCGUGGCUCCGGCACUGUCCGCUGCUGAGCAGCGUCAUUGUCCCCUCCCCUGCCCUCCCCUCCCCUCCCCUCCGCCUGUUGGUCUUCCUGUGUUUUCUCCCCCAUGCUUGCCAUCGGUCUGGGUAUUCUACGACCGCUGCAGGUCCCCAUCGUGCGCCUGGCUCCCCUGGCCGCGGGGGCAGCUGCCAGCCGUGCCAUUUGGACAUGUCCGGCCGGCUCGCCGGCACGGCCUGCUCCUUUGGAUGGUGCACGCUUUUCCUCAUCCAUGCCGGGCACUGCCCCGACUCGGCGCACCAAGUCCCCCGAGCCCACCAUCCGGGCGCCGCCGCCACCUCGUAGCCCUCCGCCACCCCGCAGCCAGGUUCCCCCGCUGCCGGAAGUGCCGCUGGGCCUCCCGGCCGAUAGUCCCUACCUGUCGGACUCGGAUGGGGCAUACUACUCCGACUCGGCGGACUUGGAUUACUAUGCCGAUCGGCCGACCGACCUGCCCGAGGCCGCGUAUCCCGACACCGGGCCCGACGCCUUUUACUCGGCCCCCGGCUCGUACCGCUCCUCGAGCGGGAGACACUAAACCUCCUUGCUUCCUUCCA